AUGAUUUUCUACCUGUAUUUCACUUCCCUGUGCUUGGGGAUAGUAGCUGAUGCUCCACAACUUGAUCAGACUUUAGAUGCUAAAUGGCAUCAAUGGAAGUCACAACAUAGAAAGACCUAUGGAGGGGAUGAAGAAAUUUGGAGGAAAGAUAGAUGGGACAAGAAUUUGAGAAUGAUUGAAAUGCACAAUCGGGAGUACAAUGCUGGUAAACAUAGUUUCCAGCUGGAAAUGAACAAGUUUGGAGCUCUGACCAAUGAGGAAUUCAGACAAAUGAUGAAUGGCUUUAGACAAAACAGAUUUCAAAAGAAGACCAAAGGAACUCUGUUUCAUGAACCUCUCCUUGAACAGAUCCCUAAAUCUUUAGAUUGGAGAGAUGAAGGCUAUGUAAGUGCUGUUAAGGAUCAGGGUCAGUGUGGUUCUUGCUGGGCAUUUAGCACAACUGGUUCCCUAGAAGGCCAGUGGUUCCAUAAGACAGGCAAACUUGUUUCACUUAGUGAACAGAAUUUGGUUGACUGCUCUUGGGAUGCUAUCAACCACGGCUGCGAUGGUGGUUUAAUGGAUAAUGCCUUCCAAUAUGUGAAGAAAAAUGGAGGCAUUGAUACAGAGGAAUCCUAUCCCUAUGAAGGAAAGGAUGGCUAUGGUCGGUAUCAGUCUGAACACUCUGGUGCUAAUGUCACUGGAUAUGUGGACAUCCCACAUGAGCAGGAAAGCGCUCUCACAAAGGCAGUGGCAACCGUGGGGCCCGUCUCUGUUGCUGUUGAUGCAGGACAUCCAUCCUUCCAGUUCUAUCAGUCUGGUGUUUAUUAUGAACCAGAAUGCAGUAGUCAGCAGCUAGAUCAUGGUGUGCUGGUUGUGGGCUAUGGUGUCGAUACAGAAAGUGGAGAGAAAUACUGGAUUGUCAAGAACAGCUGGGGUGAAGCUUGGGGCAAAAGUGGGUACAGUGAGUGA